AUGGCCGGGAGUGUGAGUGCGGAGUCUGGAGUUGGAAAAUCUGUGGAGGGGAUUUCAAGUGGGCAGCUGCAUUGCCAAUCUGGGGAUGCAUUGGUGGAAUGGCGGUAUUCUGAGCAGGUGGAACAUGGAACCCCAUCAACUUCGCCGCCUUACUGGGACACCGACGACGACGAUGAUGAUUGUGGACCAAAGCCUUCUGAGUUAUAUGGAAAGUACACAUGGAAGAUUGAUAAAUUUUCGCAGAUCAACAAGAGAGAACUUCGCAGUAAUCCAUUUGAGGUUGGAGGCUACAAAUGGUACAUUUUGAUUUACCCACAAGGCUGUGAUGUCUGCAAUCAUCUCUCUUUGUUUCUCUGUGUUGCUAACCAUGACAAGCUUCUGCCAGGGUGGAGUCAUUUUGCGCAGUUUACAAUAGCUGUGGUGAAUAAAGAUCCAAAGAAAUCUAAGUAUUCUGAUACAUUACAUCGGUUCUGGAAGAAAGAACAUGAUUGGGGGUGGAAAAAAUUUAUGGAGCUACCGAAAGUGUACGACGGGUUUAUUGAUGCUGACACUGACACUCUUGUAAUUAAAGCUCAAGUCCAAGUUAUUAGGCUUCCGUGA